UUGAUUUCAAUUAUUGCCUGAAUCGAAAAUGGUGAAAGCUAAGGUAUUUAUAUUAGAGAAGCACUUCGAUGGCUAUCCCAAAGAAACGGAUUUCAGGCUUAUUGAAGAGGAAUUAAGACCUAUCAGAAAUGGAGAGUUUCUCGCUGAAGCAGUUUAUUUGAGUGUCGACCCUUACAUGAGGGCUUACGAACCGUCUUUACCGUUGGGAGAACCCUUCAUAGGGUCUCAAGUAGCUAAAGUAAUCGAAAGCAAACACCCCAAAUUUCCUGUCGGUUGUUACCUAAUCGGGCAAUUUGGGUGGAGAACGCACACUAUUUCUAACGGGGAAAUAUUAGGAAUAGUAGGCAGAGGAAAAGCGCCGCAACCUGUCGUCAAGCAAGCCUUGAGCUUACCAUUGUCGGUGUCGCUUGGCGCCGCAGGAAUGGUGGGGAACUCUGCGUAUUUCGGUUUUCUUGAACUAUGCAAACCAAAAUCUGGCGAAACUGUGGUUGUUUCUGGAGCAGCAGGAGGAGUGGGCAGUCUGGUAGGUCAAAUAGCCAAAAUUAAGGGUUGCAAAGUAAUAGGAAUAGCAGGAUCAGAUGAUAAGGGAGCAUGGUUGGUGAAUGAAUUAGGUUUUGAUUAUUUCAUCAAUUACAAAACGGACAAUGUGGACGAAAAAUUGAGGGAAUAUGCCCCUGAGGGUAUUGAUUGCUACUUCGAUAAUGUAGGAGGAGCUGUGAGCAGCAGUGUAAUUCUGCAAAUGAACAAAUAUGGAAGAGUUUCAGUGUGUGGAGCCAUAUCUGGAUACAACGAACAAGUUAGAGCGAAAUCCAUUUUCAAAUCGGUUAUCUCUAAGCAGUUGGUAAUGGAGGGAUUUUUAGUACUGAGAUGGUUGGACAGAUGGAACGAAGGGAUAAUUCAGAAUGUAAAAUGGAUAAACGAAGGAAAAUUGAAGUACCGUGAGCAAGUUACUGAAGGGUUCGAAAAUAUGGCUGUAGCUUUCGUUGACAUGUUAAAAGGAAAAAAUAUUGGAAAGUCUGUUGUUAAAGUAUAAAAUAUAUUGAACAAUAUCGUUCCCUUACCUCUAGGUCUUCGUAACUUUCAAAAUAAUUAUUUGUCUCCAUUUCUUCCAUACUUUUUAGUAAAUAUAUAUUAACUAUUUGUACUUAAUCCAGAAAAUAUGAAAUGCUUUUAUUUACAUAUUUGUAACCU